AUGGCGCCUACAUUUGCUGGUAUGUCCGGUAAACCCUUAGGGUUGACGGUAUCAACCAUCGCUACGAUGGGUUUCCUACUUUUUGGUUAUGAUCAGGGUGUCAUGUCCGGUAUUAUUGAUUCCGACGCCUUCGGAAGGUUUAUGCCUAUCACCCAUGGCGACUCCACCAUGCAGGCCUUGGUGACUGCCGUCUACGAGUUGGGCUGUCUGGUCGGUGCCAUGUAUGCCUUGUUCGCUGGUGACAAGCUUGGUCGUCGUCUCAUGAUUAUUCAUGGUGCUUGGGUUAUGAUGAUCGGUGUUGUUAUUCAAAUCUCUGCUAUCAAGGGCCACGGAGCUACUGCACAGUUCUUUGUCGGUCGUAUCCUCACUGGUAUCGGCAACGGAAUGAACACUUCCACUAUUCCUACAUACCAAGCCGAGUGCUCGCGUUCCUCCAACCGUGGUCUUCUCAUCUGUAUCGAAGGUGGUAUCAUCGCCAUUGGUACAAUGAUCGCCUACUGGAUUGAUUUCGGUGCCUCCUACGGCCCUGACGACCUCACCUGGCGUUUCCCCAUUGGCUUCCAGAUCGUCUUUGGUCUUAUCAUUGUCAUUGGCAUGUACUACUUGCCUGAUUCACCUCGCUACCUCAUCUCCAAGGGUAAGGUGCACGAGGGUGAGUAUGUGCUCGCUGCUCUCGGUGGCUACGAGAUCGAAUCCCACGAGACCCAGCUUCAGAAGCAGCUUGUAAUCGAGUCCAUCGAGGCUGCCGGUGUUGCUGAGGGUGCUGGUUACUCUGAUCUCCUCACUGGUGGCAAGACCCAGCACCUGCGCCGCAUGCUCAUCGGUUCUUCCUCUCAAAUCGCCCAGCAACUGUCUGGUUGCAACGCUGUCAUUUACUACCUCCCUGUCCUCCUGAAGAAGUCUCUCGGCCAGGAUAACUUUAUGUCCAUGCUCAUCGGUGGUAUCAACAUGAUUGUCUACGCCAUCUUCGCCACCUUCUCCUGGUUCUUCAUUGAGAAGAUUGGUCGCCGCAAGCUCUUCAUCGGUGGUAUGACUGGCCAGAUGGUUUCGAUGAUCAUCGUCUUCGGUUGUUUGAUCCCUGACCAGACUGGACCUUCCAAGGGUGCCGUCUUUGGUCUCUUCCUUUACAUGUCUUUCUUCGGUGCCUCCAUUCUGCCCCUCCCCUGGUUGUACCCUGCCGAGAUCUCGCCUCUCCGUACUCGUGCUAAGGCCAAUGCCGUCUCGACCUGCUCCAACUGGCUAUUCAACUUCACCGUCGUUAUGAUCACCCCGGUUAUGAUUGACAGUAUCUCAUGGGGUACCUACCUGUUCUUCGCCACCGCCGGUCGCAGUCUGGAGGAGAUCGAUCUCAUCUUUGCCAAGGGUUACUGCGAGAACAUGAGCUAUGUCAAGGCUGCCCGCGAGCUGCCCAAGCUCACCGACGAGGAGAUUGAGGCCAAGGCUGCUGAGUAUGGCUUCGAGACUAGCCGCCGCCAGGGUGAUAUGGAGAACGCCGGCGAGAAGGGCUCCCCUCGCAGCAACUCCAGCGAUGAGAAGAAUUUCCACGAGGAGACCGAGAACUCCAAGUCUCUCUCUUGA